GCACGGUGGUGAUUCACAACAACACAGUAACACACUGAACCAGCCCCACAGCAUGUAACCUCCCUAAAAGGCCACUGGUGACGGCGGCUUCCUGAGGUGGAGGCUUUAAAGGCGGGAGCAGGAGGGCCAGACAGACACAUCAGGCUCUCUGCUGACAGCAAACAGGUCAGUGAGGAGGACGGUAGCACCGAGAGGAGAGGCAGACAACAUUCUAGUGAAGUCCUGCGACUGAAGGCGGCAAUGGAGACGUUAGUUUGUCCGAUGGGUGGAGGAGCCACCAGGCUGUACAGCACCCUGACCCAGACGUUCAGCGGCAGCAGCUCUUACCUGAGCCCCCACCAGCCCCAGCUUCCAAACCUGGAUUCAGAUUUCUGCCUGCAGAAGGACUCCGCCUUAUGCCCCCUUGAUCCAUCGGAGCUGCUCCGGCAGUGUGAGGAGGCCCUCAGGGACCAGCCUCCUCGGCUGCACAGGAACUUUGUUUACGUCAGCGAUGGAGACGGCGCAGUCGGCAGCCCCAUCAGGGUGAUGCAGUGGAACAUCUUAGCCCAAGCUCUGGGCGUAGGAGUGGAUAAUUUCGUCCGGUGUCCCCUGGAGGCCCUCAGCUGGUCGCGUAGGAAGAACCUCAUCCUGGGCGAGAUCCUAGCAUACCGACCUCACAUCCUUUGCCUGCAGGAAGUAGACCACUACUAUGACACCUUCCAGCCAGUUUUGGCCAGCCUGGGCUACAGCAGCCAUUUCUGUCCCAAACCCUGGUCUCCGUGCCUGGAUGUUGAGGGUAACAGCGGUCCCGAUGGCUGCGCCCUCUUCUUCGACGAAUCCCGCUUCGAGCUCCUGGACAGCGUCGACAUCCGACUCUCAGCCAUGAUGAUCCCCACUAAUCAAGUUGCCGUGGUAACAACUCUGCGCUGUCGGAGCACUGGAAGGUAUCUGUGCGUGGUUGCGACCCACCUUAAGGCCCGUUCAGGCUGGGAGUGGCUUCGCAGCGCUCAGGGGUCAGAUCUCCUCUGGCACGUCCAGAAUCUGGUCCGAGAGCUGAGCGGCGACAACUCUAACAUUGAAGUACCUCUGCUUAUUUGUGGCGAUUUCAACGCCGUCCCAUCAGAGGAGGUGUACCGACGGUUUGCCACUUCUCCUCUAGGUUUGGACUCUGCCUAUAAGAAGCUCAGUCAGGAUGGUGUAAGCGAGCCGGAGUACACAACGUGGAAGAUCCGAGGCACAGGCGAGUGCUGCUCCACUCUGGACUACAUCUGGUACACUAAGGACACGCUGAGGGUGGACGCGGUGUUGGACAUGCCGGAUGAGGAGCAAAUCGGACCCGACAGGCUUCCAUCCUACAGCUAUCCAUCAGACCACCUCUCUUUGGUCUGUGAUUUCAGCUUCAGGGAGAAGGAAUGAGAAGGAGAGCGCAUGAUGGGAAGCGUUGAUGCCUUGGAGUUGAGGUGAACUCCCUCCCUGCUUCACUCCACAGAGAGCUUCACGUGAGUGAAGAUGUGAAGACAUGAGGCUUGGAAACCAGUGUGGAGUGAUUGAGAUGUUUUUAAAGUGUUGAAGAGAAACACGCCGCUGAAGUCUUCCUUCAUGAAGUCGGGUUUCAGCACCAGCUUUACCGUCUCGUACCAUCAUCUUCAAUCAAGCUGCUCCUUGAUGAACUUUUUAUACUAAAAUCAGACUGUAAAAAUAAUACUCUUUCAUACUGCCAUCAUAUAAUAUUGAAUGAAAUUAAAAAUGGAUUUGCCCUA